AUGAGCCCGACUGAGCGCCUCAGCAAAGUCGCCGACGCCCUCACAGGCGGCCAGACGGUGCAAGAGCCCAAUGACCUCCCCUGGAACCCCGAUGCUACGCGGUUUCCAUCUCGUAAAGAGCUCCCACGGAUCCCCGGUGCCCCGGAUGAUGCGGCUUGGGUCUGGGGCAAGGAUGACCAGAUUGGCCGAUUGAAUCUCCUCACGCCGGCGAGGGUCAAGGCCGCCGCUGGGGAGAUCAAGACGGGGGAGAUGGUUCGGCUGGAUCUCCCCCUCAACGUCCCCAAGGCCCCCGCAUUCGGCCGCGAGGUCUUCGAGCACAAGAUCAAGCCGCUGGGCAGCGGCGUCGGCUACGAUGAUCUCUACACGCUGAACACGCAAAGCGGAACGCAGUGGGAUGGCUUCCGGCAUUUCGCACACCUCGGCUCGAAGUACUUCUACAACGGGGCAACAUCCACCGACAUCGAAGGCGCCAACCCCACAACCCGCUGCAGCAUCCACCACUGGGCAAAGCACUGCAUCGCCGGGCGCGCAGUCCUCCUCGACUACAAGGCCUACGCGGAAUCCCACAACAAGGACUACGACCCGUACACCUCGCACGCCAUCUCAUAUUCUGACCUCACGUCCUGCGCCGCACACCAGGGCAUCGACAUCCGACCCUAUUCAGCGGGAGGGGGCAUAAGACCCGGCGACAUUCUGCUCGUCCGUUCGGGCUUCGUGCAGCGGUACACCGAAUUAAGCCCCUCUCAGCGCGCCGCCGCAGCAGCACGCACGGGCACCGACAUCGCGUGGGCCGGGCUCAAGCAGGAAGAGUCAAUCCUGGACUGGCUGCACGAUUGCUACUUUGCGGCUGUGGCGGGGGAUAGUCCGACGUUUGAGUGCUGGCCUGUGACGGCUACAGAGGGGGGAAGAGGGAAGAUCGGGUUCAUGCAUCAGAAUAUACUUGCGCUUUGGGGGAUGCCGCUUGGGGAGAUGUGGGAUUUGGAGGGGGUUAGUGAGGUUUGCAGGAGGCAGAAUAGGUGGACGUUCUUUUUGACGAGUGCGCCGGCGAAUGUUGUUGGUGGUGUGAGCUCGCAUCCGAAUGCAACGGCUAUCUUCUAG